CUAUGCACGUGCGUGUACAGUGUAGCGUGCACGUGCAGUAACCGGUCACUGAAGUGUCACUCAUGGCAUUGAAUGCAGACGACGACUUUGAGUGGGAGCCGCCCUCCGAGGCAGAGAUGAAGGUGAUCCAGGCGCGGCGGGACCGCCAGGACAAGAUAAGCAAAUUGAUGGGGGGAUACCUACUGAAAGGUUACAAGAUGCUGGGUGACUGCUGCGAUACGUGUGGGACUAUUCUUCUGCAGGAUAAGCAACAGAAGUACUACUGUGUGUCCUGUCAGGAGCUGGACUCUGAUGUGGACAAAGACAACCCAGCUUUGAAUGCCCAGGCGGCGUUGUCCCAGGUUCGGGAGAGACAACUCGCAGCCCAGCCCGGCCCACAGGUGAACGGAGGCUCCAGUCAGGCAGCUGUGUCCAUAGUUGGCCAGCCCAGGCCCGAGCACUGUGAGGGGGCUGCCUCUGGUCUCAGAGGGCCCCUGCCUCUUCCACCACCUGCCACCUCCGCCACUUCCAUCCCCAGCUUCCUCCCUCCCACCACACCAGCUGCCCCCCCAGUCCAGGCCGCUGUCCCCCUGACAGGCCCGCCCCCUCUGGCCCCCCAGAGCCCGGCUCUCCUGGCUGUGUCGCUAGCCGAGGAGGCUCUGAUGCACAAGCUACGUUGGGCCACCCAGGAGCUGCAGGCCGCAGCCUCGGUGGAGAGCAGCAUCCAGCUGUGCAGCCUCAUCACCAGCUGUGCCCAGUCCCUACGCAGCCUCAGGGAGCUGCAUCAGUCAUGACACUUAACCACAUGGUCUGCCGAACCAGACGCAAAUGAAAACACAGAUGCUUGGAAGCAACCCACAGACAUCGAGGCAGCAUAGGAGGGCCCAGCAGUAAGGCUCCUCUCAGGGCAGACCGGCCUCCUGUCUGUGUUUGCAUGUGCCUGCGUGCGUACAUACAUGCCUGGCCUAUUGUCUGUUGAAUCUGGCGGUACACAAUUGUUUAUUGACGAUUCAUUGACAGACUUAAUGGGAUGCUGGGAAGAGACUGUUUAAUUGGUUCAAUGUGCUAUAGACAAUAUACUUACGUGUAAUUGGCUGGUAUUGAUGUAUUUCAGAAAUGUUCUUUAUUAAAUCUGACUUCAUCCACGGUCAUAUUCUGCUUCUUAUACUGCUUGCUCAGAGUCAGAUGAAGCCCAGUUCCAGUACCACUCAACUGCUGUUUGGGUAAGCCCUUAUUUCAGUCAAACUGGCUCACUGCAUCAUUUGAAAUUGAUCUCAGUAUUUUUCCUGCAAUGUUGUGACACAUGUUCUAAUAAAACCAUGUUGAAAAUG